AACGAAAAAGCCAACUCAAACGUUUAUUUUGUAUAUCGUAAUCACAGAAAGUAUUACUAAACUUGUUGUGUAAUCAACUAAGACUUGUUAGUUUUCCAAUUAAAGCCUUCUUCUUCAAUCUAAACCAAAAUCAAUCCCAAUUUCUUCAACCCAAAUUUCAACCAAACAAUCUCUCUUGCUUCAAUUCAUGGCGAUUUCUGCUCAAGCAUUCCCGCUCAGAAAGCGGCGGCCAUCGGCGGGGGCCUUCGUCUCUCCCAAGCUCUCAGGUAUCGAUCUCCUCCAAUCUCUUCUUCAACUCACCAAAGAAAUCGGCUCUCUUAAACCUCUCCAGUUCCUUCUCCGACGAAACUCGCUCUCCAUAAUUCGUAAGUCGAAGCUUCUUGCGAUUCUGUUCGAGGAGCUUCUUCGAGCUCCCAUGGCGUUUUACUCAACCUCUGCUGUUCUCUGCUUCGAAGAAAUGUUCAUUGUUUUGCAGAGAGUCAAGGCUCUGAUUGAAGAUUGUUCGAAUGGAACUAGCAAGAUGUGGCUACUCGUUCAGAACCAGUCGGUGGCUAACAAUUUUCACGAAUUGACCUUGGAUUUGUCGACUCUGCUGGAUAUAUUCCCGUUGAAAGAGAUUGAUUUGAGCGAAGACGUGGAAGAACUUGUUUGUUUGGUGAGAAAACAGUGCUCUGAGACGAAAACUCUGCUCAAUCCCGAAGAUGAGAGUCUCAGGCUCGAGGUCGUCACCAUGCUGGAUCGGAUCAAGAAAGAGAUCGUUCCCGAUCAUUCGAAGCUUUCAGAAAUCUUUUCCAAUUUAGGAAUUCGAGAUUCAUCGAGUUGCAGAGAAGAGAUCGAGAGCCUCCAGGAGGAAGUUCAGAACCAAAACGACGAUAAAUCAAAGUCCGAGCUCGUAGCACUGAUCGGAAUCGUUCGCUACUCGAAAUGCGUCCUCUUCGGCGCCUCGAAUCCUCAGCCUGAUAUCCGUCGCCGAAAAUCGGCGUCGGAGAUUCCUAUUCCGUCGGAUUUCCGGUGUCCUAUAAGUCUCGACCUUAUGCGGGACCCAGUUGUCGUGGCGACAGGCCAGACGUACGAUCGUGAAUCGAUCAAGCUAUGGAUCGAAUCAGGACACAACACGUGUCCCAAGACAGGUCAGACCCUGGCCCACACGGAGUUAAUCCCUAAUUGCGCGUUGAAAAACCUCAUCGCCAUGUGGUGCCGUGAUCAGAAGAUUCCUUUCGAAACGGCGGAGAGUAAAGACAAACCAAAAGGUGUUACUUCAAUAAACAAGGCGGCGCUCGAAGCGACGAAGAUGACGGCGUCGUUUUUGGUCAACAAACUGUCUCAGUCGCAGUCUUUUGAGGACGCAAACGGUGUCGUUUACGAGCUUCGCGCCCUCGCCAAGAGCGACUCCGAAAGCCGAACCUGUAUUGCCGAAGCCGGAGCCGUGCCUUUCCUCGUCCGUUACUUAGCUUCCGACGUCGGCUCGGCUAAGUCGAAUCUCCAAGUCAACGCCGUGACGGCGAUUCUCAACCUCUCAAUCCUCGAAGAGAACAAGAAUCGUAUAAUGGAGACCGAAGGAGCCUUAAACGGCGUCGUCGAGGUGCUCCGUUCGGGUGCCACGUGGGAAGCGAAGGGGAACGCGGCUGCUACGAUAUUCAGCUUAUCAAGUGUGCACUCCCACAGGAAGAGACUAGUGAGGAAGACACGUGUCGUGAAGGGAUUGCUCGAGUUGGCCAGGGAGAGUCCCGCGUCGUGCAAGAGGGACGCAUUGGCGGCGAUAUUGAAUCUCGCAGGGGACAGAGACGGUGUUUUCCGUUUAGUCGAAGCCGGAGUUGUGGAUGUUUCGGUUCAGGCCAUGGACGAGGGGUUGACGGAGGAGGGGGUGACGAUAAUCGAAGUGGUGGUGAAGAGAGGUGGUUUGCUAGCCAUUGCCGCAGCUUAUAGUGCGAUAAAGAAACUCGGGUCGGUCUUGAGAAGCGGGUCGGAGCGUGCCCGAGAGAGCGCGGCGGCGACUCUUGUUACGAUUUGCCGGAAAGGUGGGGCUGAGAUGGUGGCGGAGCUUGUAGGGGUUGCGGGAAUCGAGAGGGUAAUUUGGGAAGUUAUGGGGACUGGGACGUCGAGGGGUAGACGGAAGGCUGCGACGUUACUGAGGAUAUUAAGGAGAUGGGCGGCGGGUUUGGACGGAGAUUUAACGGAGAGUUACGGCGUUAGUACGACAAACGCGACUACUAUUGUUACCUCGUCAACAACAGUGGCGUUGACCAGCUAACGCUUGUAUUUGUUUGUUUAAUUUGUAAAUUUUUUUUUUUUAGAUAUUUUAUUUCUUCUAUAUUGAUUAUUUGUAAACCCAUGUAAAAAUCUCAUGGAAAACAUAGUUGAUUUGUUCUUUUAAUCAAUUUGUUUUAAAUAUUUGUUUCACGAAAGAAAUCCACUGUGUUUCUCUAUAUUGAUGCAAAAGUUUAAUCCAAGUUCAAUUUUACACA